AGAGCUAGAGCGAGAGUCUACAGCGAUUGAUUACCCGAAGAAUCGAGAGCUGCGAGAGCGAGAGUCUACAGAUCUCGAAGGAUCGAGGCUGCCAAUUGCCGAAGGCCCGAAGCUCAAGCUGCUCAACCCCCAGUUCCGCCCCUGCUCAAGCCUCAAGGAGUUGAAUAACAGAUUUAGUGAAAAGGCAAUGAAACUUGUUACUCUCAGCUCAGCUUUGGAUCCUAGAGAUGGUUACAAGUUCUUUAACGUUGAAAACAUUUGCACACUUGUAGAUGAAUUUUAUCCUCAAGAUUUCAUGGACCAAGAGAGGAUUAUGUUGACAUUCCAAUUGCAACAUUAUGAGGUUGAAAUGCCUGUUCAUUCAUAUUUGAAAAAUAUGUCAACGAUUUUUGAACUAUGUAGAGGUUUAGUGGAACCAAAGAAGUCAAAAAUCUACUUUUUGAUUGAUAGGUUGAUUCGUCUUGUCUUGACUCUUCCCGUUUCCACGGCAACUAGAGAAAGGGCAUUUUCAACUAUGAAACUUCUCAAAAUACAACUGUGCAACAGGAUGGAGGAUGAGUUUCUUGCAGAUUACUUGAGUGUCAGUAUUGAAAAAGAAAUUGCUGAGACUUUUAGUACAGAUUCAAUUAUAGAUGAUUUUUCUUCUCUAAAAGAUCGUCGAGCUCAGCUUUUGUAGUAGUUGUUUGGUCUUUCAGGUUUCUUUUUGUAUUUAUCUAUGUCAUAUUUGACUAAAUAUAGGCCAAUUAUUGUUUUGUAAACAAAUUGAUCAAAUUUUGGCUAAAUAUAUUUUUGUAUGUAUCUAAUCGAUCAUGAAGUACU